GUAAAUUGGGGCAGGGCUAGGGCAAAUCCACAACGCUUUGCCGAAUCUGGAGCAGUUCAUGUAUGUGAUUGUGAAACAUAGAAAUUACCGCUCGAUUAGACCUGGAUUGGACACUAUGGAUCCCAAUCGGAUAAUUCAAGCACUGAAAGGGACGAUAGAUCCCAACCUCCGGAUAGCGGCUGAAAACGAACUCAAUCAGGUGGGUGAUGGCCAAAAUAACUUUGUUGUUUUUGUUAUCGGGGCAGCAUGAACCCAUUUCCAGAAAGGGGUGUCCGUGUUUAUGAUUUGGAUCGCAACAAGGCCGUGUUUCGUGAUCAAUGACUAGUCGUUAUAUAACUUAUAUCUGCAUCUCUCUGUUUAUUGUGUAGGACACGGAACAGUAGAUUGACAUUUAAUGUAACUUGCGACAUAAACUGUUGCACUGGAGAACAAUAUAAUUUUGAAGCAGUGUGUGCGCACACUGUGCUGCAUUACAGAGAUGGGGCUGUUCGUGAAACAAUGUAGCAAGCAAGUGUCUGAUUGGAUUUUAAUUGUAGACAUGCGCGAGUUGUAACAAUUGCAGCAAUUUCAGCCAGCAAUAGUAAAAGUUUUUAUGGUUAAAUUGGAUUUGAGCGGUGAAUUCGCCGAAUCCCUCUUUCAUCCAAAACCAAAUCAAAAUGCGAUAGACAAAUGCAUCUUGUUAAAGCAUCUUAAAUGUUCAGUCUGCAGUUGCUACAUUUAUUUUUCGACUAUAAAUUCAUAAUAUGUACCCAUUGAUUCUUGAAGAAUAUAACUUAUAAAUGCCUCAUGAGUUUAGUUCAACUGUCGUACCCCACCAGAACUCAAAAUAUAAGCUUGUUUUACUGUUUGUAAAUAAAGGAAACGUAAACAAACUCUAUAGCCUCAUGUUUAUAUCAUGGCUGGUCAGUCCUUGCAUCCAUAUCUCUAUCUACGAAUUUGAGUGUAGUUACUUUUCUCCAGCCCCAUCCAUCAGCUUUUUACCGAAUCAGGGGCGGGCAGAACGCUUUGUUAUUGUUUCAACUGCUCAUUGCCUUAAUGAAAGAUGGGUAACUUGCAGCAUAUGCAGGCCUAGGUCAUGAUUGCGUCACUGAAAAUAACUACAUCUGCCAUAGGCCUACACUGCCUUGACUUGGCAUACUGUCCACUUCAGUAGGUAUACACUAAUCAGGACAAAUUAUUGGCGUCUCUGUGAUAAAUGCCUGUCAGUCAGUGACGCUACCAAGUGAAAUCAGGGGCAUUUGCUGGAGACAGAAUGCUGACUCUUCUGCAGCAGAGGAGCAGUUCGGACAGGGAGAGGAGGAGAGUGAUAGAGGGAGAUAAAGAAAGAGAAAGCAUUCUGUACAAAAUGUCCCUCAUUUUUUAAUUGUUGGUUGCUGGUUAUAUCUAUGACAGACCAUGGCUCUUUUUUACUACCUUAAAUCUGAUAACUGGUCUGGCAAGAUUGAUGUGAGCGUGCUUCACCUGUACUGUAUUUUCCUUGUUCCUCAGUGAUCCACCUCCUUACACUCUGCUCUAUCAUCAUAUAACUGUGUUGACCACUGUGCUCACUGUGUGCUGUAGAUGUGAAACUGACAGCUGAAGUAGUCAGGUGCUUGACUGUAUGUGGUCAGAUUUGGGUUGAGCUCAUUUUAAAGCAGUGUCUUAUUUUGUGUGUUCCAGUCGUACAAGAUCAUCAACUUUGCCCCCACUCUGCUCCAGAUCAUUGUGUCUGAACAGGUGGAGUUCCCUGUUCGCCAAGCAGGUAAGAACCCUGCCCAAGAACAUUACCUAAAGAACUGCAUCUGGUUAUUUUUAAAACAUCACUGGACCAAUGCAACAACUAUAACCAAUACUGAUAAUACUCUCACUUUGGGCUGGUUUCCUGGACACAGAUUAAGCCUAGUCCUGGACUAAAGAUCACCUUCAAUGAAGAUUCUUCAUUUAGCAUGCUUUUUAGUCCAGUACUAGGCUUGAUCUGUGUCUGGGAAACUGGCAGAAUUGUGUCAGUCUUGCCAGUCGGAGUGAUGUUGUGAUGUGUGAUGUCAUCUCUGUGCGCCAGCGGCCAUCUACCUGAAGAACAUGGUGAGCCAGUACUGGCAGGACCGUGAGCCCUCUCUAGGGGAGGUGGUGUUCCCCUUCAACAUCCACGAGAACGACCGCACGCAGAUCAGAGACAACAUCGUGGAGGGCAUCAUCCAGUGUCCCGAGUCCAUCCGGUGGGUCCUGCUGUCCGAACCGUAACUCCUUUACCUCCCUUACCCCACUAACCCUUACCCCUUAGCCUAAUACGCAGCUCCAGUCCUCUGCUCUGCUGUACCUAGAGCCUUUGAAACCAGGUCACUUGACUGUGUAGUCAAGUGCCCAAUGAAGAGGGGUGGGAGGGUAAAUUAGUGAUGGCAUGUUAAAGAAAGGAUACAAUGCUGAUGUAUUUGUGUGUAUUCUGUAUCCCAGGGCCCAGUUGACAGUGUGUUUGCGAGCCAUCAUAAAGCAUGACUUCCCUGGGCGCUGGACGGCCAUUGUGGAUAAGAUCGGCCUGUAUCUGCAGUCUCAGAACAGUGGCAGCUGGUACGGCAGCCUGCUGGCCCUCUACCAGCUGGUCAAGACCUACGAGUGAGUCAACCAACCGCUGUUUUUUGUCCCUCCUGGGGACCCAUCACUCUCACUAGUGAUCAAGUCAUAACGAUGCUGUGUUUUGAGCCACUAUUUUCAGUCCUAGUUUAGUAGUUCUAGUGUAUAAGCUGAGUGAUAUAAAUGAUUAUUCCAUUUACAUUUUUCAGUCAUUGCACCCAGCCUGUUGUCGGUGAUAUCACGUCUGUGUGCUGAUGUGCUGUGUGUGUCUAUGUCUGUGUGUGUCAGGUAUAAGAAGGCGGAGGAGAGGGACCCGUUGCUAGCAGCCAUGCAGAUCUUCCUGCCCCGUAUCCAGCAGCUCAUCACCCAGCUACUGCCGGACGGCACCAUCUUCUCUGUCCUCAUACAGAAACAGAUCCUCAAGAUCUUCCACGCACUCGUACAGGUGCGAGAACGGACUGUGACUGACUGACUGACUGUGUGUGCGUGCGCACGUUUGUGUGAUACUAACACCAGUCUCUAUUCCGCUCCCAGUACUCCCUGCCUCUCCAGCUGAUUAAUAACACAGUAAUUACCCAGUGGAUGGAGAUCCUCAGAGCUGUUAUGGACAGAGAUGUCCCCCCAGUAAGUUUGAUUUCAUCCUUCUUCAUUGUGUAGACCUGUCUUUCUUCUGCAAAUUCUUCUACCUACGUUUUUUAUUCAAUGGGAGUGGCGAACCUCUGUUGUGUGUGGUUGCUAGGAGACGUUGGAGGUGGAUGAGGACGACCGUCCUGACUUGGUGUGGUGGAAGAGUAAGAAGUGGGCCCUAUACAUCAUCACCAGACUGUUCGAGAGGUGAGGGGGCACGGGAGAUGUAUUUGUGUGUUGAUGAAUUUGGACGUAUGUAGAUGUGAAUGUGGGUUGAUGUGAAUAUGUUUGUGUGGAUCUUGAUCUGAGCCCUUUUCACCCUAACCAUGUUGUUCUGUACUUGUGUGGUAGGUAUGGAAGCCCAGGCAACGUGACAAAGGAGUACUUUGAGUUUGCAGACUUUUUCUUGAAGACGUACGCUGUAGGGAUCCAACAGGUAAGAGUUUGUAUCACUAAAUGUGACAUCAAGCUUGAAUGUUUAGAUGUCUGUUGUCCACAUCUACCAAUGUUGAUGUGUAUAUGAGCAGCAGUAUUCUUCUGUUUAGUCUGACCCCGUACGAUCUGAUGCGACCCCGUCUCUCCUUCAGGUCCUGUUGAAGGUGGUGGACCAACACAGACAGAAGCAGUAUGUCACACCUCACGUCCUCCAGAAAUCUCUUAACUACCUAAACCAGGGCCUUUCUCACUCCCUCACCUGGAAACACAUAAAGCCACACAUGCAGGUGGGUCACACACACACACACAGUCCCUGAAUGACCUGUACGACCGGAACCAGGCGCCUGUCUCACUCCCUCACCUGGAAAUACAUGAAGCUGCACAUGCAAGUGGGUCACACAGACACCACUACACCUGUACCCCUGUGACAUGUUAAUAAUAAUGGAUUUGAUUUAUAUAUAGCGCUUUUCCAUCACGUGGGAUUGUGUGUGAAAUUACACAUUAUUAUACCGGUGUUAAAUCUGUGUUUAUAGGGUUGUGACAUUACAACUUGGAUUGAGUUACAGUAUGUGGCAGGUGAUGGUCAAAGUUUAAUUUGUUUAAUCGUUAUGUCCGCAUUUAGAUCAGCUGUUUAAUAUACUUUGUAAUUGAGCUAAUCUGAAUAAUGGUAUGCUUCUGAAAACUAUUGUACAAUCCCACUUAUAGUAGUGUAGUUAGUAGUUAACCUGAGUGUGUGUUCCACAGACCAUCAGCCAAGAGGUGAUCUUCCCUCUAAUGUGUUACAAAGAUGAGGAUGAGAAACUGUGGCAGGAGGAUCCAUACGAGUACAUCCGCAUGAAGUUCAGUGAGUACUCACACAGUUCUAUAACUCAAUCUUAGUAGUUAUGGAGGUAGUGGGACAUCUUAUGGUCAAUAUAAGGCAUGACAUGUUAAAUUGAAAUUGAAUGGCUUCCAUAGAAUAGACAUACAGUAAGCUUGACUGUGUUUUCUUCUCUGUUCCAGAUGUGUAUGAUGACCAUGCCCUCCCUGCCACUGCCGCCCAGAGCCUCCUAUGUAAAGCAGCCCGCAAGAGGAAGGAGGUGAGUGGAGAACCACAUUAGAACCAAAGAAAAAUGACCCAACAGUCCUAAAUAGCUUACUUUCCUCAUUUCCUUUCCUUAACUGAGACUUCUCUGAUAUGACAUGCAUCACUGCUCUGUCCCCCCUCUUCCCAGGUGCUUCCCCAGAUGAUGGAGUUCUGCCACCAGAUCAUGAUGGAGCCCUCUGCUGACCCCCGCAGGAAGGAUGGGGCGCUGCACGUCAUCGGCUCACUGGCCGAACUCCUACUGAAGGUCAGCCGUGUGUGUGUCUGUUACUUUGUGUGUGUGUGUGUGUGUCUCUCUCUCUGUACGUUCCCUUCUUGUUUUAUGACCUGUUUAGUCUAUCUGUGACGGAGUCCUCUCUCUUCUUCCUGUUGUCGUGCUGUAGAAGCGAGUGUACAGGGAGCAGAUGGAGCUGAUGUUACAGAACUACGUGUUCCCUCUACUGAACUCCCCUCUGGGAUACCUCCGGGCCAGGGUGAGACACACACACACACACACACACACACACACAUGCUUUCACUUCAGACCCCCUCUAACCCAACCUUCAAGCCCUUCUCAUGGAGCUGAGAAUGAGUGUGUAAGAACAUGCAUGUGUGUGAUCGUGUGUUAGCAGUUCUUCAAUCUUUAAAAUGGCUCCUUCCCUCUUUAUACCUACAGUCCUAUUGGGUGGUACAUUCCAUACAUGUGAGUCAGAACGGUCUGUCAGUCCUGUUUUAUAUAGAUUAAACAUCCCCCUUCCCCUUGCUGCAUUUCUUUACCCUCCUCAACCCUGCUCUUUUACUUACUGUCCAUCUUCAGGCAGGUGAACGUGUUGGGGAGCACCACUGCACAUAUUGGUGAAGUGGAGAGUGCCGAUUUGUACUUAAUGUGGAUAGGUGUCAAACUGAUAGCGAUGCUCAUCCGUGUGGUGUAUAGAUUAGUGAUUGUGACCCUGUGUUUGUCCUCAGUCCUGCUGGGUGCUGCACUCGUUCAGUCCGCUGCGUUUCCAUAACGAGCUGGUCCUGAGGAACGCGGUGGAGCUGGUCAAACAGGACCUCAUAGCAGACAAGGAGAUGCCCGUCAAGGUGGAGGCUGCUAUCGCCUUGCAGACACUGGUCAGCAACCAGGAGCAAGGUCUGAGACUCACAUUCAUGCAUGGACAUGUGCACAUGCAUACACAAAUGCACAAGUGUCGCUAGCACAGACACACAAACACACUGAACCUCCUCUCUCCCUCUCUUUAGCUAAGGUCUACAUCAGGCCCUACAUCCGGCCUGUCAUGCAGGAGCUGCUCCACGUCAUCAAGGAGACGGAGAACGAUGACCUCACUAAUGUCAUUCAGAAGAUGAUCUGUGAGUACAACCAAGAAGUGGCCGUCAUCGCCGUCGACAUGACCCAGAACCUGGUAUGCCCCCUACGCCUCCGCUGGCCUGAUCUACUGUUUAUCAGUAUCUGUGUGUGUCUUUGUGUCUUGUGUGUGUGUGUAAGUCUUUGUAUGUAUACAUGUUAAGAUUUUCACCAUUAUGAUGCUAUAUAAAGAGUGAGAAGUAAGAGUGCGUCUGUCUCUCUGUGUGUGUGUGUAACCACCCCCUGUGUCUGGUUGUGUGUGUAAAGGCAUCCGCAUGCUUCCCAUCCGAACAGUUUGUGCAUAUAUUAUUACAUUUUGUGACGUUUUGGUGUUCGGCAAGGGUUUUUUCGGCUGUUCGUGCACACAUUUUUUCUCGAGGCAAGCCGAAGUCGGUAGCCGUGAAAUACUGCACCAAACAUCUUAGUUAGAUGUAAAAUUGCGUGACUAAGAUCUCCUAGGCAUGACAGAUUUCUUGAAUUAUCUUAUAUUAAUUCUGACUAUUUUGGCUAUGGUGUCUCUAGAUGGACAAACAGUACAAUUGCAACUUUUUUUCUCGUUUUUCAAGCAAAGGUCUUUUAAGCGAGCACGGCCAAACCGACGCAUGCGUUUUAACACCACCUGCAUAUGUGUGUGUAUCCAGGCUGAGAUCUUCACCAAGGUGCUACAGAGUGACGAGUAUGAGGAAAGUGAAGACAAGACUGUGAUGGCUCUGGGGAUCCUCAGUACCAUAGACACCAUACUCACUGUUAUGGAGGACCACAAGGAGGUGAGACCGACCAACUGUAUACUCACGCACACAUUCUACAGAUGUACAGUACACACACUCACCCUACUCCGAAUCUAGUCCUCUGAAGCUGCAGUUGAAUGUGUGAUUGGUGAUUGAUCGCUUCCUCUUCCCUGCUUUGUUUGAACACACAGUGUUAUUGAACAUGCUGUAAAUGUUGUGUCAGACUAGGGCUGUGACAGUCAUGGAAUUUUGGAUGACGGUAAUUGGCCAGCCAAAUGACUGUGCUCACCGUAAUAACCGUUUUUUUCUUUUACGCAUAUUUUUCCUCUCCGCUCCUGAUUGCAUGUGCCGCCAUAGAAAUAGAAUGAAUAGAACGGGAGUCCCCAUUCAAGUCAAUGAUGGCAUAAUGGGUGGACUGGCGGCCAUUGCGAGUUUACCCAUAGAUGUAAAAACAGGAAGUGCACUCAUCAAUAUGUGCUGUGAUUUGUUGAUUGAACUCAACUGACGUUACACAAAAUACAUUCCAUUGCAUGAGCCAACUCAGUUAACAUAAUUUGAAUUAACAAUAUACACUACCGGUCAAAAGUUUUAGAACACCAACUCAUUCAAGGGUUUUUCUUUAUUUUUACUAUUUUCUACAUUGUAGAAUAAUAGUGAAGACAUCAAAACUAUGAAAUAACACAUAUGGAAUCAUGUAGUAACCAAAAAAGUAUUAAAGAAAUCAAAAUAUUUUAGAUUCUUCAAAGUAGCCACCCUUUGCCUUGAUGACAGCUUUGCACACUAUUGGCAUUCUCUCAACCAGCUUCACCUGGUAUGCUUUUCCAACAGUCUUGAAGGAGUUCCCACAUAUGCUGAGCACUUGUUGGCUGCUUUUCCUUCACUCUGCGGUUCGACUCAAUUUGGUUGAAGUCGGGGGAUUGUGGAGGCCAGGUCAUCUGAUGCAGCACUCCUUCACUCUCCUUCUUGGUCAAAUAGCCCUUACACAGCCUGGAGGUGUGUUGGGUCAUUGUCCUGUUGAAAAACAAAUGAGAUGGGACGGCGUAUCGCUGCAGAAUGUAGUCAUGCUGGUUAAGUGUGCUUUGAAUUCUAAAUAAAUCACAGACAGUGUCACCAGCAAAGCACUGCCACACCAUAACACCUCCUCCUCCAUGCGUUACGGUGGGAAAUACACAUGCGGAGAUCAUCCGUUCACCUACACGCGUCUCACAAAGACACGGGGGUUUGAACCAAAAAACUUGAAUGAACUUAUCCUCUGCAGAGGUAACUCUGGGUCUUCCAUUCCUGUGGCGGACCUCAUGAGAGCCAGUUUCAUCAUAGUGCUUGAUGGUUUUUGUGACUGCACUUACAUUUAAAUUAUAGUCAUUUAGCAGACGCUCUUUUCCAGAGCGACUUACAGUUACUGCAUACAUUUUUUCAUACUGGUCCCCCGUGGGAAUCGAACCCACCACUUUAAGAAACUUUCAAAGUUCUUGAAAUAUUCUGUAUCGACUGACCUUUAUGUCUUAAAGUAAUGAUGGACUGUUGUUUCUCUUUGCUUAUUUGAGCUGUUCUUGCCAUAAUAUGGACUUGGACUUUUACCAAAUAGGGCUAUCUUCUGUAUACCCCCCUACCUUGUCACAACACAACUGAUUGGCUCAAACGCAUUAAGAAGGAAAGGAAUUCCAUAAAUGAACUUUAAAGAAGGCACACCUGUUCAUUGAAAUUCAUUCCAGGUGACUACCUUAUGAAGCUGGUUGAGAGAAUGCCAAGAGUGUGCAAAGCUGUCAUCAAGGCAAAGGGUGGCUACAUUUUAGUCAUUUAGCAGACGCUCUUAUCCAGAGCGACUUACAGGAGCAAUUAGGGUUAAGUGCCUUGCUCAAGGACACAUCGGCAGAUUUUUCACCUAGUCGGCUCGGGGAUUAGAACCAGCGACCUUUCGGUUACUGGCACAACGCUCUUAACCACUAAGCUACCUGCCGCUCAUUGAAGAAUCUAAAAUCUCAAAUAUAUUUUGAUUUCUUUAAUACUUUUUUGGUUACUACAUGAUUCCAUAUGUGUUAUUUCAUAGUUUUGAUGUCUUCACUAUUAUUCUACAAUGUAGAAAAUAGUACAAAUAAAGAAAAACCCUUGAAUGAGUAGGUGUUCUAAAACCUUUGACCGGUAUUGUACAUUUCAGCAAGGAGCAACAAAGUUUCAUAACGUUGUUAAGAGUUCAUGUUACCGCAGAAACAGACUCAACUGCACGAAUGCGCCGCCGUCCCACCUUCAGUCAGCUGUUUGUUCCAUAUUUUACGGUUAUGACGGUUCUUUUAUUUUCAUGGCGGUCUUCAUCAAUAACCGUCGGUUAUACGGUAAUUGUGCCAGCCUUAUGUCAGACAGAUAUUAGCCUGGGAUCAAUAGAUGAUCUUUGACCUUUGGUCUCUCUUUCUGUCUGUAUCUCUCCGCUCUUGCUCUUUUUUUCUCUUCUCGGUCUCUCUCGCCUUCUUGACUACCUCUCGUUCUUUUGUUAUCGCAUUCUUUCUCUUCCCUUCUCUCCCUCUUCAUCUCCCUCUCUCAGAUCACACAGCAGUUGGAGGGCAUCUGUUUACAGGUGAUCGGCCUGGUGCUGCAGAAGCCCAUCAUAGGUAUGGCAGGUGUGUGCUUGCGUCACUGUCUGUUUUUGUGUGUACACACAUACUAAUGUGUUUGCUGUGUGUCUCUUCCUCUCUGUGACCUUUUGUGUGUUUGUGUGCUUUUCACACACACAUUACACAAUAACCAUAUUAAUCUCACUUUCCUGUUCCAGUGAGCUACCCCCCUCUCUUGUAUAACACCUUGUCUAUUUCCGUCUCACAAUGAACACUGUCUAAUUUAUCAAAAGCUGUUCCCCUUGCGCUUCCGAAAUCCCAGAUGACCAGGCACCAUUCAUGCCUGUAAUUGGCUCGUGUGUGUUUCUGGGUGUGUAAUCCCAUCUGCGGUGUGUGUGUGUGUGUGUGUGUGUGUGUGUGUGUGUGUGUGUGUGUGUGUGUGUCUGUCAUCACCUCUGUGCUGUGUGUGUAUAAUGAAUGGAUUAUGUGAUAACCUGUUACAAUGAGAGUUUUAUUCAAGAGGAGUGGGGGUCACUGUGGAAGAUUAUUUCUUUCUCAAAGGGAAAUAUCAAUUCUAUGAUCUGUUUUCUCCUCUCCUCCCUCCCCUCCAGAGUUCUAUGAGGAGAUUCUGUCCCUGGCGUUUGGACUGACCUGUCAGACCAUCUCCCCACAGAUGUGGCAGCUACUGGCAGUGCUCUACGAGGUCUUCCAGCAUGACUGCUUUGACUACUUCACAGGUACAGUACUGAGUCACUGGUCAACAUUCACCUGCCUGUUAGUGAGUAUAUUGGGCCUACACACCUGUCUAGGUGAACAUUGAAUAUCACUGUGAAUGUAAUGUAGAAUAACAUGAUGAUGAAGCUGAUACUGGUCAAACAUGAUGAUGAUGAUCAUGGUCUGUUUGUGUAUGUUCUCUUUCAGAUAUGAUGCCUCUUUUGCACAACUACGUUACCGUGGAUACGGACAUGCUCCUGUCCAACCCCAAGUACUUAGAGGUCAUAUACACCAUGUGCAAAAAGGUGAGUGUGAGCAUAUGCAUGCGUGUGUCCAGGUAGGGUUUGAUGAAGUGUCUCGUGUUCUGACCUUUGACUCCUGUGCUAUAGGUGCUGACCAGUGAUGCAGGUGAGGAUGCAGAGUGUCACGCUGCUAAGCUGCUAGAGGUCAUCAUCCUCCAGUGUCGGGGGAGGGGCAUCGACCAGGUGAGCGGGACCCCGGCGGCUUCUGGGUAGUAUUUAAGGGUAGACGUGGUCCCAGUUCAGCCCAAAUCAGUUUGCAUGGUCUUACCUUUCCAUACCCUGAAUCUCCCGUUGGGAGUGAUGAUUGCUAUCAAUAUUGUAUUGAUUCUUCUCUCUCACCCCCAUGUGAUUUGGCACAGUUUUAAUGAUCGUCCUGUAAAUGUAAUGUCAGACAGAUAUUAUCCAGUCAGCCAUAGCUAUCUCUCGCUCUCUCUCUCCCUCUCUCCACCUCCCACCUUCCUCCAGUGUAUCCCGUUGUUCGUGGAGGCUGUGUUGGAGCGCCUAACCAGAGGUGUGAAGUCCAGUGAGCUGAGGACCAUGUGUCUGCAGGUGGCCAUUGCUGCUCUCUACUACAACCCAGCCCUGCUCAUCCACACGCUGGACAACAUGCAAUUCCCCCACAGCCCACAGCCCAUCACCGCACACUUCAUCAACCAGUGGAUGAAUGAUACUGAGUUCUUCCUGGGGUAAGUGUAUAAACUAAGCCAUACGCACUACAUCCUACCCCCUAUACACUACCAACUAUAAAGUACACAGUGGAUAAACAACGUGCCCUAAACCAUGUUCCCUAAAUACUGCUAGACCCAUACUGUAUAUGGUCCACUUCAUCAGUGGUGACUUUAGCAUGUACAUUUAGGUGGGGCAAACUAUAUAUUUAUUUAUUUUUUAUGCAUGCCAGCAAAGCCACAACACAAUACAUUAAUUGCACUAUAACGGUGACAAACGGUGCCCACAAAAUGUUAGGGCCUACAUAAAGCUGUCCCAACAGCAGUCCCAACACCUUACCAGUGCUACACCUGGCUAUCAGCAGAGCCUUGUCUGGCAGCGAAACAGUUAAUUCAGCCUCAUUUACUGCCUUAAAAAAAAAACAUAGCUGAGAUGGUUGACUUGCUUAAACAAAUGUGGUUUCUACUGACAAUUGAGAUGUACAAACUAGCAUAAGGGAAUGAUGAGCGGAUAAGAGGCCAUCCGUAAUUUUGAUUAAGACAUUAAUGAGCGAGCUAGGACGGACGUAGUCAAUAUAACUAUUUGUUCAGCACUUUUGAAAUGUACAGCGACAGAAUUCAGAACAUGGGCCGUUCUUACAGUAUUCUCCCUGUACACCAAGUCAGAACCGUAGGAUAAAUAAAAGGGGCAUAUAAGUAGACAAUGAAAUAUUUGAUGAUUAUUUUUCUCAAAAACAGGCUAUAAGGUACACGUGCACCACCAAAUCAGAACAGUAGGCGAAAUUAAGAGGGGGAAAUGGGACCAAAUUAUUAGGGUGAGGCACAUGGGCUACUAACAGCUUACUCCACAACAUACAAUUAGUAUUACUUUCUUAGCUACAGUAUACAUAUCUCCCUGGCAUAUUACGUCAUUUAUGCAGCAGCAUACAAUACAUUUUUGGACUCACCGUGUUGUGCCGUGCUCACUUGAACAGGAAGGUGGCGCGGCGGUCCUUCAUGGGCAAACUUUGUCAUCAAAGUCUGGCAUUCUCUGGAUUUAUGGUGCUUUCAAGACAAGAAAGAGGCCCGAGUUCCCGACGUUCAAUUCCGAGUUGGAUGACCAUUCAAAACGUAUUUUCCCAGUCAUCGCAGUGCUAGCUGUGCCACUAGAGAUCCUGGUUCGAAUCCAGGCUCUGUCGUAGCCGGCCGUGACCGGGAGACCCAUGGGGCGGCGCACAAUUGGCCCAGCGUCGUCCAGGGUAGGGGAGGGAAUGGCCGGCAGGGAUGUAGCUCAGUUGGUAGAGCAUGGCGUUUGCAACACCAGGGUUGUGGGUUCGAUUCCCACGGGGGGCCAGUAUGGAAAAAAUAUAUUAUAAUGUAUGCACUCACUAACUGUAAGUCGCUCUGGAUAAGAGCGUCUGCUAAAUGACUAAAAUGUAAAUGUAAAGCUAGUUUUUUCCCCCAGUUCCCAGUUGUCUUGAACUCACUGAAGUCAGAUUUCCCAGUUCUGAGUUUCCAGUUCUUUUGAGUGCGGCAGAAGUCAUGCUGGAUUUACAGCAUGGCCAAAGUUGAAUGUUUAUCCUUUUAAGCUUGGAAAAGAGACCUUUAAACCCAGACUUGGAACCACAAACCCACUCCACUGAAUAGCAGACUAGUGAUUGCUUUGCAAUGCUUGCAGUUAGCCACUAAUUCCUUCCAAACCACUCAUUGUUGAAUUUGAGAUUUCCAACUUGUUGUGUAAUGUUUAUGGCCGAUGAGCACCGAUACAUUUUAUCUAUAAUUUCUCUUCAUUAUUUCUCUUCAUAUGACAAGGAUUAAAAAGGAUUUGCCAGUAGAUUGUUGACUUGAUUCAUGAUGAUGACUGCUAGCUAAGAUUUUGAAAGUAUGAUGUUGACAUGAUCAGUCCAAUCAAAGCCACUGUAGAUAUAACGUGAUGACGUAAUUGUAUCUGUGGCCAAUGACCUUGAGCCUUCUUGGAUGGGCACUUCUAAUGUAACUCUAUGGCAGCACCCAAGGGGCUUGAACUUUCGAGCUCUACCCUUAGAUUUGGCAGUGACGUAGUGUCCCCAUGAGUGACAGAACACUGAGCCAAUCACGGCGCAACUAAAGAACAUUGCCCAAUCACGGUGCAACUAGAGAACAUUACCAACCCCUACGCUCCAUAUUUUCCGAUGGCUGCCCCACCACCUCAGAAAGCAUUGAGCUAGGCUGAAACAUCUGCAUUUUGGAGCUGCCUUAGUAAAGAAAGCAAAAAAGAGACAAGGUUUGUAUGCAGCGUUAUUAACUCAAUGAUUAUUUUCUUUUUUUAUAUAUAUUUUUUUACAUUGUUUGCAAACUGAUAUGUGACACAUUAAUGUCAAAAUAACAUGCAAAACAGGCAACCCCCGCCCUAAAAAGGUGGGGCUCAAAACAGGUGGGGCUCCACCUGCCCUGAAUGACGGGUCGCCACUGCACUUCAUCAACUAUACUGUUAGUCAUCGCUGAGUCACACUGUGGUCUUCCUACAGCAGUGUAAAAACAUAUGGGGGAUAUACACUUUAUACCUACUACAGUACACUAUACAUGAUUUAUUCACCACAUACCUGUAGUUCAUUCUCUUUUUCCCUCUCUCCCUCCCUCCCUCCCAGGCUCCAUGACCGUAAGAUGUGUAUCAUUGGACUGAGUGUUCUGAUGGAGCUACCCUCCAGGCCAGUGGUGGUAGAGGGGGUAGCGGCUCAGAUCGUCCCCAGCGUCCUGCUCCUGUUCCUGGGGCUCAAACACCUGUACUCCUCCCGCCUCCUCAACAAGCCAGACCUACUGGCCUGCACUGGGGUACCAGAGGAGGACCAGAACGGUGAGAGGAGAUGAGGAAAAUGGGAAAACAGGCGACAGAGGAGGGGAGGAGAGGAGACAGGACAAAUGAGAGAGGAAUGGAGAGAACAGGCAAGAGAGGAGGAGAGAAAAGGAAAGGAGAGAUGCUAAUACUGUUCAAUCAAACCCGCUUCUUGGAAGCCAUUGGGGAGGGCCAGCCCUAGCUAUGGAUAUGGUAGCUCAGUUUACACACACACUUGACAUAGAAUCAGUCCUCAGCUGUUCACAUGUGUGUUGCUUUACACAUCUAUGGCUAGGUUCCAAUAUCUCUGGACCUCUCUCUCUCUCGCUUGACUUCUCACUCUGCCUUCAGGUCAUAUUAGUUGCACUACAUUUCCCUACAUGCUCAGGGCAGCUGUGCUGGCGUUCCUCAGUCAAGUGUAAAGAACCUGGAGUUCCAGAAUAUUCAGAAUGCUUCCGGGGGUUGUAGUGUUAUUGUGCAGUCAGACACACAGGCAGUAGAUGAGACUAGCUCAGAGGAGAUGACAUGGAGGGUCCCUCUGUAACUUUUAGCCUCCAUAUUUUCUCCAUUUGAGUUAAUUUACCUUCUGGGAAUAUGGGAGUGUUAGUUGGCACGGCAGGGUACAGAGGAGGUUAAGAUAAAGGAAAUGGUUAAGUAUGUUAGCUAAGCAGCUGCCACUGUAAUUGUGCAUAUUAAAAUGGCAUUAUGAAAAAUUGUGCCUUUCAAAAAGGUAAAAGUGUAAUUUUUUUCUAUUCAUACUGUUUUUAUAUGUGUGUGUUUCUCUGUCUGUGUGUGUGUUGCGUCCACAGAGGAGAUCCCCAGCGAUGAGGAUGAGGUGAAUGAGAACCGUAACACAAUGAUGCAACAGCAGUCCAGCACGCCCGUAGGCCACGAGGAGGAGGAGGAUGAUGAUGAUGAUGAUGACUACUGGGAUGAAGAGGGGCUGGAGGGGACACCCCUGGAGGAGUACAGCACGCCCCUGGACUAUGACAAUGGAGAGGACGAGUACCAGUUCUUCACCGCCGCCCUACUCAGUAAGGGUUACACAUCUACACACCAACUCACACACCAACUCACACACAGCUACUUGUACACACACACAGGCAUUUAACUCUUACUCUCUCCUGUGUGUACUAUAGGGGUCCAGAACACAGACCAGCCUUGGUACCAGUCUCUGACCACACCCCUCAGUGAUGACCAGAAGAAACAGCUGCAGGAGAUCUACAGCCUGUCCCAGCAGAGGAGGAGCACAGCCGCAAAGGGCCAAUGGUGAGGCAGAAGAGGACCAAUGGGGAGAGAGGACAGGGGGCCAAUGGGGAGAGAGGACAGGGGGCCCAGUGCCAAUGGAGAGGGAGUAGAGGGCUAAAAGGCCAAUGGGUUGGGAGAUGGUGAGGCUGAAGAAUAAGGAUGCAGGGUUGAAAAUAAAAAAUACAACAACAGUAAAAGGCUAGUUGAUAAAAAAAUGUAUUUUGACCAGUAUUGCCAACUUAGCGACUUCGUCGCUAUAUUUAGCGUGUAUUCAGACUCCUCUAGCGACACAUUUGCGAAAAAAGCGACUAGUGAAAAAUCUAGCAACUUUUUCUGGUGUUAUUGGAGACUCUGACGUGAAAGCACGUAUCGUUCUUACUCUUCUCAACGAGCAUCAGGUGCCGUGGGCCCCACCCCUGUCCCAAAGCACUCACAGGUGGCCCAGUCCUCGCGCAGCUUUUUACUCACUUUUUGUCUCUCCCACAACAUUAUUCCUCUCUCCUACAGCGUCCAUCACAAUUACAUGGACAAUUAUGCAAAUUGGGUGACGAUGUCAUUUAGCGACUUUUAGGACAGCCAAUAGCUACUUUCCUUACUGAGGAGUUGGCAACACUGAUUUUGACAAGCAUGCUGUAUUUUCCAUCACGUUGAGUCCUAACACUGUGUCCUGUUUCAGAGCUGUAAGGGACAUGACUGGAGGCCUGGAUGGAAGGAGGAGUAGCAGAGUUCUGGCCUGAUCUGAAGUGGAUUUAACACACACCAAGAACUGUUUCAGUCCAGAUCAGACCAGAUCUAACUAGACUUUACUGAUCCCACCAAGACCAGGCCAUCUUGAACCAUAACUGAACUGGGUGGAGACCCACCAGAGACCAUAACACCAGGACUUUACACACUUUACGGUUCACAACCCAGACCGUAACUGGACCACACCCACCCCGGAGAGUGAGUGAGUGAGUGAGUGAGUGUGUGUGUGUGUGUGUGUGUGUGUGUGUGUGUGUGUGUGUGUGUGUGUGUGUGUGUGUGUGUGUGUGUGUGUGUGUGUGUGUGUGUGUGUGUGUGUGUGUGUGUGUGUGUGUGUGUGUGUGUGUGUGUGUGUGUGUGUGUGUGUGUGUGUGUGUGUGUGUGUGUGUGUGUGUGUGUGUGAGAUUGAUGUCCUGCUCUGUAUCACUGACCAGCGAAUUCAUCUUCUAGUACAGUGCAGUCCUUGAUUCUGUAACUGUGUGAAUGUAAGUAUUGUACACAAAAUCUCUGUUUCUCUGUAGCCUGACUUUUGUAUGGUCUCGAGAGGACUGGGCAGAUGUGCUUGGUUGCCAUGGCAUCGAUCAGAACCAUGUGUCCGUUAGUCUGAACCAAGGCUGUGGUGCUAACAGACGGACAGACAGACGUGUUUGGGGUGAAACCUUAAGGGUAAGGGGGUCAAUGACCUUUGACCCAGGGGGGUGUUCCUUUCACACUGAUUAAAUGUAAUAGGGGGCAGGAUGGUGGGAGGAGGAGGAAAGGUUUUGUUUGUCUUUUUUGUUUUUAUAACUGUUUUCAUUUAACUUAAGAAAAUCAUAAACGUUCAUGUAACAUCUAGCCCUGUGCUUUUUCUUGUUAAGUUAUUAUAGUGUGUGUUUGUAGGUGUGUGUGUGCACCUCUGUGCCUGCAGGUGUGUGUGUGGGUUAAGUUUUUAUAUUGAUUUCACAGAGAACAUGUGGAUAGCUGAAACUUUCCGUCUUUGAACAUCUCUUCCUCUUUUGUUGAAUCAAUACUAGGUCAGAGUUCACUGCUGCGAUCAAUCCUCAUUUAUAAAACAUCCAGCUCAAUAACACACAGAUGGAUUGAACAACUACUGUAACAUCAUGCAGGUUAACAGUUUCAGCAGGAGUAAACAUGUUUUCAUAACAGAAUUGACAGGCUUCUCUCAGGGCCCUGUUCAAAUAUUUCAAAUGGGAUUCCUCCCUCCCUCUGUGGUUCUGACACAAGACAGAGGGUAUAACAUGGUGGAAUCUGGCUUUCACCAGUCCACCAACUAUCUGGACUUGGUUAUCAAAUUCAAAUCACAGCUGGGAAUCUCCAUACCAGACAGUUCCCCAGCUGUCCAGAAAGAGGAGGCAACUGUGAAAGGAGUUUCCUCUGGAAUGUUAGAGAUGUCCAAAUACCACAGGUCUUCUUUCUGCAUUUUAUUGUCACUAUUUGAUUCUCUAGUGGAAUCAGAGGGCUCUGCUUACAGGGUUGAGAGUCAGAUCCUGAUGUUUCAGACCGGACACUUGGAUGGGUUUUGGUGAGGCAACUGCUCUCUUGCUCUCCCUCUCUCUCUCUCUGUGUUAGUAUUAUGUGUGUGUUCGGCUGCAGUUUGUGUGUUCUAGCCCACUGCAGUUUGUACUGAAGACUGUUUGAGUGCUGGACAGUAAGGAGCAGCCAAGCGUUGAAGAGCUGUCGAAUUCCGCAGGCGGUGGAACCCACAGGAGGGGGUUGGGGUGUGUGUUAUGUUGUUGACUAGUGUCUGGAGUUGGUUCUCCAGAAAAUUUUCUGUUGCAAUCUGCCUCUGCAAUUAAGCACUGCAGUGAAUUCUGUUCUCAAACAAAAACUCUCCCUCUCUCUCUUCGUCUUUCUCAAUGUAUAAAAUGCCAUCAACAUGUCCUGUAUGACUGAGUGACAGUGUUCAGUAGGUGAUGUUGCCUAUACCUGCCUCUUCCAGGCCAUGCUAGGAUACGGCUGCACUCAUCUGCAGUCCCACACCAGUAGAGAGAGAGGGAGCGGUACAGAGAGACCCAGUAUAGAAAGUACCAGUUAGAAAGAGUGAUGCUGAUCACUGUGGGUGAUUGUGUCAAAGGUUCAAAUGUGGCCAAUUAUCCAUACCAAUCUGCACCCCCUUCAGUUAACUAUAGUCUACUGCCCUGGUAAUAAGGGAGGGGAUUAUCUGGCCACUGUGGCCCAUUGAGGGUGCCUCUCCUCCAGCCUGCCUGGUGGCCUCUUCCCCCUGGGGAGCAGAUUGGAGGUAAUGAUGAUGGCCAUAGACUGUGGUGUGAUGAGUCACACUGUCUGCAGUGCUGGGCAAAGCUAAUCAGAUCUGAUAGUAUAGUCUGACUAAACAGAGUAUGAGAAGGUCAAACAAGGGCAGAGUUAGAGAGAGAGACUUCACUGCAGUUCAGCAACCAAAUAACCAAUUUCCACAGACAGUUUAAAAGUGAGCUGAAGUCCCCAGCUAACUAUUGAGUGGAGUACUGUGGUGUGUGUUUGUUCUCUGGGGCAGCUAACUGCCUGUGCUCACUCUCUGCAGUGUGGACCUCUGUCAGAAUCACUGACCCAUUUACCUGGAUGGAUGGAUUGAUGUAGGCAAAGCUCAGGUGAAGUGCAUUUUUCGUCACGUGGUAGUUCCCUGCCCUUUAUAGCCACCCAAAACACACACACAGAACUCGCUCCUGCAUUAUCUGUGUGCGCGAGUGAGUGUGUGUGUGUGUGUCCAGGGCACAGAGGGACUCUCCACACGCCAGUGAAGCUGAGACAGAGAUGCAGACUGACAGCGGCUCUAUCUGCCCUACGUGA